CCCUGCGGGGCGGGGGCGAAGGUGGGCGCCCCACGCGUUGAUUGGCUGGCGGGGCACGCGCGGCAGGGAGGGGCAGGGCGGACGCGGAGCCGCGGUUAGUCUCGCGUGGCGGUCGUGAGCGCGUGAGGUAUCCUGUGCGGUGUUGCGCGCAGGUAGCAGCAGCAGCAGUAGCCGCCGUGUGAGGGAGCCAUGAAGCACUGCGAGGAAUACUGGGCUGAACAAACCACAGCCUCUGCCCUCAGGGUCUCUUCAUCCAAGCCGAGGCCUGAAAGAGGAGGUCUUCCAGGAAGGGAGGAGAGCAGCUUGUGCAGAGGCCUGGAGGCCAGACUCCACAGUUGUCCUAUGGCAAGAGAUGAGGCCAGGCAAGGCUUUGUAGCCACCCAGACACCUGUGGACUUCAUCCCAAGGGUGGAGAUUCUGGACGCGAAGACCCGGGAGAAGCUGUGCUUCCUGGACAAGGUGGAGCCCCAAGCCACCAUUGCCGAGAUCAAGAACCUUUUCACCAAGACCCAUCCACAGUGGUACCCUGCCCGCCAGUCCCUCCGCCUGGACCCCAAGGGCAAGUCCCUGAAGGAUGAGGAUGUUCUGCAGAAGCUGCCCGUGGGCACCACAGCCACACUUUACUUCCGGGACCUGGGGGCCCAGAUCAGCUGGGUAACGGUCUUCCUGACAGAGUACGCUGGGCCGCUUUUCAUCUAUUUGCUCUUCUACUUCCGGGUGCCCUUCAUCUAUGGCCACAAAUACGACUUCACGUCCAGUCGGCACACCGUGGUGCACCUCGCCUGCAUCUGCCACUCAUUCCACUACAUCAAGCGCCUGCUGGAGACGCUCUUCGUGCACCGCUUCUCCCACGGCACCAUGCCCUUGCGCAACAUCUUCAAGAACUGCACCUACUACUGGGGCUUUGCGGCGUGGAUGGCCUAUUACAUCAACCACCCUCUCUACACACCCCCCACCUAUGGAGCUCAGCAGGUUAAACUGGCCCUCGCUAUCUUUGUGAUCUGCCAGCUUGGCAACUUCUCCAUCCACAUGGCCCUGCGGGACCUGCGGCCAGCUGGGUCUAAGGCCAGGAAGAUCCCAUACCCCACCAAGAACCCCUUCACCUGGCUCUUCCUGCUGGUGUCCUGCCCCAAUUACACCUACGAGGUGGGGUCCUGGAUUGGCUUUGCCAUCAUGACACAGUGUCUCCCAGUGGCCCUCUUCUCCCUGGUGGGCUUCACCCAGAUGACCAUCUGGGCCAAGGGCAAGCACCGCAGCUACCUGAAGGAGUUCCGCGACUACCCGCCCCUGCGGAUGCCCAUCAUCCCCUUCCUGCUCUGAACGGCUUCCCCCGACCCCGGCUCAGCCAAGCUGGGCUCACAUCCCCCUGCCCCAGUGUCGUUCUGGGGGAGGAGUGGGCACCACUGCUCUCCAGCAUCUGGAAUAAAACCUGCCUGCGCAGCUGGA